AUGUUGCACCUUAUUGGUCUUGGUUUGGCCGAUGAGACGGAUAUUACCGUCCGCGGUCUGGAGAUCGUGAAGCGGGCCGAAAGAGUCUAUCUUGAGGCAUACACAAGUAUCCUUCUUGUGGAUAAGUCAAAGCUUGAAGCCUUCUACGGCCGCCCCGUCAUCGAGGCGGAUCGCGAACUCGUCGAAACCGGCAGUGAUGAUAUCCUCGCCGGCGCGGAUAAAGCAGACAUCGUCUUCCUGGUAGUCGGCGAUCCGUUCGGGUACGACCCCACCCCCACCAUCUCCAAAUCACAAACUAACCCAACCAGCGCAACAACUCAUACCGACCUCGUCCUGCGCGCCCGCGAACUAGGAAUCGAAACAAAUAACGUCCCCAAUGCCUCUAUCAUGUCCGGAAUCGGCUGCACCGGCCUGCAGCUCUACAACUUUGGCCAAACAGUAAGCAUGGUCUUCUUUUUGGACAACUGGAAGCCAUCCUCGUACUACGACCGCGUGCGCGAGAACGUCCAGAUCGGCCUGCACACGCUGGUGCUCCUCGACAUUAAGGUUAAAGAGCAGUCAAUUGAGAACAUGGCGCGCGGUCGUCGCAUCUACGAGCCCCCUCGUUACAUGACUGUUGCGCAGUGUGCAUCGCAGAUGCUCGAGACAGAGGAGGAGCGGAAGGAGGGUGUUUACGGACCAGAUAGCUUGGCUGUGGGUGCUGCCCGAGUUGGAGCUGCCAACCAGAAGCUUGUUUCAGGGACCCUGCAGGAAUUGUCCACUGUUGAGAUGGGAGCGCCGUUGCACAGCCUUGUUCUUUUGGGACGGAGGACGCAUGACCUCGAGAGGGACUAUAUUCGGGAAUACGCUGUCAACAAGGAGACCUUUGAUGCCAGUUACGCCAAGGGCUAUGGAGCUAGCCUGUGA